AUGUUCGCCUCGCGAAGAGCCUGGAGAACGCAUCUUGGUUUGGACUACAAGCGCUCCGCUCAACGAGUUGGGAUCUGGAACAAGACGGUCGUGGGACUUCACACGCCUUACGAAGUGCCGCAAGAGAAUGGGAACAGGAUGGAUACCAGAUGGGUGACGAUGGCUAGCCAUUCAGGGGCGGGAAUCCAGGCUUCGAGAGUCUCUGAGGAGAGCGUUGGUAUGCUUCAGUGGGCAGCGAGCCCGUACUCUCCAAAGGUGCUCGAGAAGGCAAGACACCCCAGAGAUUUGGUGGUUGAGGAUGAUGUGGCAGUGUUGUGGAGAGUUGACGUGGAGGGUGCUGGGGUUGGGUCAGCAGCUUGCGGAUCGGCGGUCGCGGAGAGCUCUAUGGUCAAGUGUGAGGAGGUCGAGUUCGAGAUCGUACUUGAUGGCGUGUUGGCAUGA